AAUGCGGCAGCAGAAGAAAUACAAAACCAGAAUGCUGCUAUGUCUGCUUGUAGGUUAGGGAUUUUUUGUUUACCAAAGAAAACGGAAUAAUGGACGAAUAUUUGCUGCUUGUGCUUUUUACGCUUCUCCGUUUAGUUGUUCCUAGGGAAUAUAAUGAACAAUGCAAGCAGUUUCUGAAAACCAAAGAAGACGGCAGGGAAAUACACUACGAUUUAAAUAGAUUUUCAGGAAGAUACACAAUUGAACUAGAAGUUAUUUCGUCUGAUGGACUUCGUGGUGGUCCACAAUAUCAAGUCAUGGUUAAUCUUUGUCAUCCCCUUGUAAAUAAUGGCCAUUGCACUACCAAUGGAACAGCAUGUAUAUUUGAAAAAGACACAAAUGAUAUUUAUCAAUUGAACCACAAUGAGUCUAUUGUCGUAAUAAAUGGUACCUCAGAUACCUUGAAUUUUGACUUAAUAGAUUCACGGUGCAAAAAUGAUAGUAGUAAACCAUUCAUUUAUCACUUCCAUAUGCGAUGUAACUCAAAGGAUGAAAACCCAUCUCCAAAAUUUUUGGGAGAGUGGACUGGGUUUGGCAGUUGUGAAGUCCAUAUAUAUGGGCUUGCUGGAGGAUACUGUGGAAUUUUUGAGGAUGAAGUACCUUGUGGUGUCCAAUUAGAGCACAAUGUGACACUAGAUUUGAGACCAUUAAGGUCAAGCACGUUUUGGACAACCCGUGAUCCUAUUAGUAAUAAGACAUACCAAUUAAAUAUAUGUGGACCAGUGAGAAAAGGUGCAUGUAACAGUACAGCUUCUUUAUGUGAAAUUGAUGAGGUAUCAAAUAAAACAACAGUUCUUGCGGAUACCAUGUAUGCAUUUUACAGUCGUCUUAUAGGCAUUGUGAUUGGCUUUGCCAAAAAAGAUAGAGGACGUGGUAAAGCAGAAAUUGCUUUGCAAUGUGUCCCUGACAAUGAAGAUUUUCACCAGCCAGUAAUAUCUUACAAAGUCAAUAAGAAAAAAACAAAAUCUUUUUUGAUGGAAACUCCAAUAGGUUGUUUGGCUCCUCCUCCUCUAUGUAUUGCUGUUGACGAAGACACUGGACAACAGUACAAUUUGUAUUCUAUGGCCGGUCAGGUCCUAGAAUUUGACUAUGGUGCUUCAAAAGUAAUAAUUUCUGUAUGUGGUCCAAUCUACCCAAAGAAGGAUCCAAAAUUACCGUGUUCAGGACCAGGAUUUGCCUCUUGUCAAAUACGUGGGAAGACUGUUAUACGAGUCAUGGGUGUGCAGGGACAGGCACCAGAAGUGAUCACUGACAGAAGUAACAAAAACCAUAGUUUUAUUCGUUUUGUUUUCCCAGAUGGUGAUCGUUGUGGUUUUGGCAAACCUGGGCAGAGAUAUAAGACUUACUUGGAACUCUACUGUGAAACAAUGCCUAAUUUAAUAAAAAUAGAAGAAUCUGGGUGUGAUAUGUAUGUAAGGCAUGUAACACCAGCAGCGUGUCCAAACAGGGAUGUUGUUGGAAAAGAUUGUAGAAUACAAUCUCCACUUGACAGUUCAACCAUUGAUCUUAAUGAUUUAAGAAAUGAAUCAGAUAUUUUAUGUCCAGUGUUAACCAAUAAUGUUAAGCCUCAAUUAAGAUUCAACCUAUGUGGUCCUCUUGUAAAGCCAUGCAAUGGCAACACAAAUACCAGUGUAUGCUGGUAUAAAGGAGAUACAGAAUAUCCAAUAGGUCCACCAGCAACAAUUCCGAAGUACUAUGACGGAAUAAUAAAAUUUGACUUGUAUGGCCCUCCUUGUGAGCUUGGAAAGGAAUAUACAAAAGUGACCAUCAUGUUGUAUUGUGAUUUAUUAGCUAAAACAAUCCAACACAGCAACCUCGACUUCAUUGCAGCACAGGAUUGUCAUUUUUAUGUGGUAUGGAGGACAAACAAAGUGUGUGCACGCUAUGUGGAAGAGGGAAAGUGUAAUGUUAGGAGUGAUGUAUCAGGAAACUGGUAUGACCUAUCCACUCUAUCAAAUCCUGAAUUGGAACAUAAAAUAUCUGUGCUAAAUGAAAAUUCGGGGGACAAAAUGUAUAUUAUUGUAAACAUUUGUGGUUCUUUUGAAAAUAAAGAUGGUAAUCAUUGCCCCACUUAUUCUGAAAUUUGUUGGCACCGGCGGGCAAAUGAUUCAGUUUCAAAAGAUAGAUUCAUCAGCCUUGGAGCAAAGGAUGACACAGGCCCCUUCAUAGAUGAUCAGAACCCUACGAAAAACUCCUUAAGAAUAAAUCUGAAAAAUGGCGAUCUCUGUGACAAUAACAAGAAGCAGCGAUACUCAUCAACUAUAACUUUUAUCUGUGAUCCACUGGAAUACAACUCAUCAGAAAUAACUGGAGAGUUAUCUUCUCCUUGUCACUUUGAAUUUCUGUGGAAAACAAAAGAUGCAUGUUCAGCAAGUUAUAAUGAGAGGUACAAGGAGAAAAAAAGGAGUUGUGGAGCUGUAAAUAAAAAGAGCCUCAAGAGGUUCAAUUUGAGUCCUCUUAAAAAUAAGACAUGGAUUAUGCCCAUCUCACCUCCAGCCUACCCUAAAACUGCCUUUGCACUUUUGUCAGUGUGCUCCAAACUUCCUAAGCUAGAGUUCGGAGACUGCGGACUCAAUUCUGGAUCUUGCAUUCAGAAUUUUACAACAGUCUCCAGUGUAGGUGUGUUUAAUGAUGAUCUCCAUCACAUUGGCAACCAGUUGGUUCUUACUUAUCUGAGUGGAAACCCAUGUGAAGAAACAAGUAUUUUUCGAACCGAAAUUACUUUUCUAUGCACUAAUGAGUUUUUUCCAAGAAAUGGGCCUCAGUAUGUUGGUGUUGAUAAAUGUGUUCAACACUUUGUGUUUUUCACAGAUUUGGCCUGUGAAGAAAACACUCUAUUCUGCUCGGUUGAUACCCCAUUCUAUGGAGAUGGGGUUGAUAUUUCACUAGUCAGUUUAAUGCAGCCAACAGCUCCUUAUCGAGUAGAGUCACCUGAUGGCCACGUAUUUCUUAUAAAUGUCUGUGGUUCACUGCCAAGAUUUAGUAGAGAAGGUUGUAAAGAGGGAGCAUCAAUAUGCAUGCUGCACUCUGACUCGCGAUUUCCAAUUGAGAAACCUUUGAGCCUAGGUACACCUUAUGGCAGACCUUAUCUUGAUCACCCACCUGGUGACAGAAAGCCACAAGUAGUAUGGCAGUAUUAUGGAGAGGAGCCUUGUCCUUUUCCCUCCAAGGGGAAGGCCAGUGCUACUAUUCGUUUCAUUUGUGACCCCAGCAUUGGUCCUGGAAGGCCAAAGUAUGAAGGGAAAGGAACUGGAGACUGUAAUUACCUCUUUUCAUGGAAUACAAGUGUUGUCUGCAUUGAAGACAGAGUCGAAUUCGAUCGCCAAAACUGUCUACUAACGAACUAUGGUACACAUGAAACCUUUAAUCUAACGGGAUUAUAUCCAGAGAGUGUACUAAAGGAUAUGGUCAAAGGAUUAAAGCCAAGUCUGACUGGAGAGAAUCUAUUUGUCUAUUUAUGUGCCUGGCCACAGUAUUGGAUGGAUGUAGCAUCAUCAGAAACUAUUGAGUGUAAAGACACAGCUGUUUGUGCUCACCUUGGAAAUGGCUUCAUGAAUUUCACUGGCUUUGGGUACCAACACUUUGCAUAUUAUGACAGCAGUAAUAACACCGUCAAAAUAUUUUUCCGUGGUACUUAUCGGAACACUUGUGCUGACAGAGAAAUUUCAGGUGCUGAAAUCUGGUUUCCUUGUGCCUCAGAUAGACGAAUGCACAAGCCAAAGCUGUUGGCGGCGACCGAGUGUCAUGUGGUGAUCGAGUGGCCCAACUCCCUCAUGUGCCCUCCGGGAGCUGUGGUCGAGCAGCAAGAGAAGUCGCGCCUUCACAACGGUAUGACUACAAUAUUCACCCUCUUGGCAAUCGCGAUGGUCGGCUCAGGCAUCCUGUACCUUAUACGAAAGACUCUGUGCUGGUCAGGAGUUCGCAGCCGAGUAAACAGGCUCAUGGGCUACAAACACUCCAGUUUGGUCACUUACCACGCGGACCCUCAAGAGGAGUGGACAGAGUUUGAGGCACUCAACGAAUAAAAAUGGAAUAGUAAAUUAUAUUGUUGGUCUUCAAAGUGUAAACUGUUAUCAAUAGAUGAGCGCGACUCUCCGUUGGAAGCUAACAAGCUAAGAUAGGCAAGGCAUAUGGAUUGCAGGUGUUGGCUGUGUGUUUAAAAAGAGUUUGUUUAAAGGGGUUUGCUACCAAAUGGUUUGCUGAAGUCUGGAUUGACUGGUGAUUGAUUUCUGUGUUAAGGUCUCUAAAAGUAUGAAAUAAUUGAAAAUGUGCCGAAUAUCAAACUCUCUUGUGAGUUUUUUGAAUUGUGAUCAGUCUCAUGCUAUUCUCAAGACUGUCUCUACCCUCCAUCAUAAGUCUGAUUGAGUGUUUACUCGGUGAAGAUCAAUAUGUUCUUUGAAAUGUAUACUAUUCUUGACUUAAACAACUAGAACCUCCCAUUAGUGACUGAAUACUGGGGACCUGCAUUUAAAUUGCUUCGUCAGAUGCCACAUCAAAUGAGAUUGAAAAAUAUGCCUUACUUGAGGUGUACUUAAUUGCUUACCAAGAGCUUGCACUAAUUUUUUUGCUCGGACUAGAUGCAUAUCAGACAUAACAACUAUUCGCUGUGCCAUAUUGAUUUUCUUUAUGAUUCGUUAAGUUACAUCAGUUAUAGUGUUUUACCUAUAUAUAUUUGUGACUUGACUUAUUCUGCACUGCAGAUUUGUUAAUUUAGAAGAUUGGCGCAUAUUUGUAGAUGGUAGAUUUGUUUUUAAAAUUGCGGCAAUACUUAUUAUGUAUCCUUAGUAUUUUAUAUUUCUAGUCAUUUUAUAAAAUAAUCAUGUAUGUUAAAUUAUUCAAAAAUAAAUUCCGAUUAUUAACCAUUUGCUUUCCUGUGAUUAAGUUUCUUAAAUAUGUAUGUCACGUAUGUACAGUAGUAUUUUGAAAUGUGAUAGUCAUUGCUUGUAUGACAAAGUAAUUUUAAUGCUAGAAAAUGAACAGUAUCACUAGAAAGUAGGUAUUCCAUAUUUAUUAUCCCUAGUGCGUAUAGUUUUAUUAUGCAAUUGAGUGAGUAGUUCCGUUGUACUUCAGCAGCACAAGGCACACUGUGGGGUGGGACUUCCCCGCUCUCUAAGUCUUCAUGAUGUCCUAAUCUUAAAGUGUAAUUGUGUUCGAUAAAUAAAACUUAUAUAUCCACUA